AUGGCCUUGGCGCUGUACAGUCUUUUUCUCGUUACGCUUUUGUGCUACAAGGCCUUGUCAGCGAUCACGACCAGGAGAAAACAUGCUCGUGAGGCUGCACUGCGAGGCUGCCAACCUCCACCAAGUGCGCCUCGCAAGGGCUUUCUGGGAAUCGGCACGCUUAGGGAAAGUCUUCGAGCAACUCGAGAAGAUAGAGGACCAAUAUGGAUGCAUCAGACGCUAAACGCGAUUGGCAAGGACGUUCACACAGUGAGAGCCACCAUUCUGGACUACGAACUGUUCAUUACCAGGGAUCCUGAGAAUGUCAAAGCCAUGUUUGCGACCCAGUCACAAGACUUUGACAUUGGUCCACACCGCGAAAAAUGCUUCAAGUCCCUGCUAGGCGAGGGCGUUAUGACCAACCGCCAGGAUAAGUGGAAGCACUCCAGGAGUCUGAUCCGGCCGCAGUUUGCUCGGGACAACGUUGCAGACCUUGACCUGUUCCAAAAGCACUUCGAAGUUUUGUUGGGCAGACUGCCUGUCUCACAACACGGUUGGACGGCUAAAGUCGAUCUCUCACCUCUCUUCUUUGACUUUACACUGGACACGUCAACAGAGUUUUUAUUCGGCCAAUCUGUCCAUGCCCAGAGCCCCGACGCUCGUCUGAACAGUGAUCUACCGUGGGACUCCGAUAUGCCCGAUCUGUCCAGUUUUGGUCAGCACCUCGAUGAGGCCAAGCAUAUCAUCGACAGAAGGGGCGCAUUGGCGAAAUACGGUUGGCUCUUACGCGACAAGGCUUUCCCGGAUCAUUGCAAUGCGGUGCAGAAAUCCGUGGAUUACUUUGUCAAAGCCAAGUUGAAGAGCACCUCUGACUGCGAGAAGGGGCUUGAGGCAGCAAACGGAAAGAACAAAUUUGUCCUACUCGACGAGCUGGUGAAAGAAACAAGAGAUCCACUGGAACUUCGUUGUGAACUGCUCAAUGUUCUCCAUGCUUCAAGGGACACCACGGCGGCUCUCCUGGGUUGGUGUUUCUAUUUUCUAGCACGUCACCCUGGUGUGCUUACCAUCCUUCGACAAGAGAUCUUGGAUCAAUUGUCGCGAGAUCCCGCAACCGAGAUUACAUUCUCGGCCCUCUGGACUUGCCGAUAUCUACAACAUGUCGUGAAUGAGACCAUUCGUAUUGUUGGCAUCGUCCCCAUGAAUGAGCGUGCUGCUAUCCAUGACACGACGUUGCCACGGGGUGGGGGUCUAGAUGGCGAGAGUCCAGUAUUUGUCCCGAAAGGAACCCAAGUGCUCAUCCCCACGUACUCGAUGCAGCACCGCGAGGAUAUCUGGGGCCCGGACGUGGAAGAGUUUAGACCAGAACGAUGGCAGGACCGCAAAUUUGGCUGGGACUUUAUCCCCUUUGGCGGGGGAGCUCGCCAAUGCCUCGGUCAGCAAUUCGCACGUACCGAGGCGAUGUACACUAUAGCUAGAAUGCUUCAGGUAUUUGACAAAGUUGAGAGUCUGGAGACUCCGGGACCGAUCAAGAUGCAUCACAAUAUUGAGAAUAGAAGUGGGACUGGCGUACAGGUCCGACUUCAUCUCGCUUCGCUCUCUUCCCGCAAGUUUCUCAAUUGCCGACCGCAGGCUGAUAACCUUACGUUGGACUCCGAUUCUGACCUUGGACUGGGAGCUGACAGACUGCCAAAGAUAUGA